CGGUCAGACAGAUGUCCUAUCAGAGGUGGUGUCUGGUUGGUCUCCUAGUUCCAGGAACUGCUUUGCUGCUGUAUUUAACAUAUAACCCUGUAAGAAGAAAAUGGGGAAACCAAGAGGAGUACCCUUUUGUGAGAGAAACACAUGACAAUGAAACAGGAGUGGAAGACUUAAUAGAAGGGGAACCAGAUAUGUACCAUGUCGCUUACCCUCGAAAAUAUAAAUUCAUCAUUGACCAGCCACAUAUAUGUAAAGAGAAAAAACCUUUCGUGGUGGUCAUUGUACCUGUGACCCCUGAGAACACUGAGGGCCGCGAUGCCAUCCGAAACACAUGGGGUGGAGAAAAGCCUUUUGCGGACAAGGUGGCGCUGGUUCUGUUUCUUUUGGGCUCACAUAGCGGAACCGAUAAAGAGGCAUUACAGGAGCGACUUUACAAUGAAAGCAAGCACUACCAAGAUCUUUUGCAGAGUAACUUUCAGGAUUCCUAUAGGAAUUUAACUAUUAAAACUAUGGUGAUGAUGGAAUGGCUAAGCGAGAAGUGUCCACAGGCGUCUUAUGCUGUAAAGGUGGAUGCAGACGUGCUCCUCAACAUCAGAAACCUAAUAAACAUGCUUGCGAGUCUGAAAAUGGUGAAAAGCAAUUACAUGACCGGUCUAGUUUGGUUUGAAAGCACUGUUUUAAGAGAUCCAUCUAGCAAGUUUUAUAUGCCAUACGAUGUGUUUCCUAAAGACUUUUACCCUCCGUAUCCUCUCGGCAUGUGCUACAUCUUUUCUUUAGACCUACCGCUAAAGUUUCUACAACAGUCAAGGCGAAUUAAACCUAUUUUUAUAGAAGACGCAUAUCUUGGAAUGUGCCUGGAGCGCCUGGGUAUCGUCCCUACCAAACCACCGAAUAUGGACCAGUUUGUGGUCAUACCACCAAAGCGGUACAAUCGAUGUUACUAUACUACACUAAUAGCCGUGAUGACGGAAAGCACAGACCAGCUGGUUACCUAUUGGACAGAUAUCAACUUCUCUAGCACAGCCUGCUAAGGUGUUUGUAUGAUAAAUUUGUACAAUAUUUUCGAUUGAUGGACCAAAAAUGUUUCCUUAAGGGUGUUUAUUUCUUGACCUCCUCAAUAAUCUAAAUGAACAAAAUACAAUCAGCCUCUUCAGCAUCCAGUUUUCAUACAAGCUUACAUUAAUCUGCAUU